AUGCUCUCAUGUACUUUUAUAAAAAGCAUAAGAAUACAUAUUAAUUAUUUUCUUCUAGGUGUAUUCACACUGGGAAAGGUGUUGAACUUCUUCCCAGUUGGAGGUGAGAGAGAGUGUCUGGCAACUGGGCAUCACGUGGCUAGAUCUGGUAUCUGCUUGAACCCAUAUGACUGCAGGCAGCGAGACGGGACAGCUUCUGGGGACUGCGCACACGGGCUGGGAGUGUGUUGUGUUUUUGAGGUGACGUGUGGAGGUACGGUUCAAAACAAUCUCACGUAUUUCUCAUCCCCGGGUUUCCCAGAACUUUGGUCUGGCGAGGAAGACUGCAAAAUUGAGAUCGAGAAGACACACGCCGGCAUUAUGCAGUUGAAAAUUGAUUUCAUACAUUUUACGAUAGGUCAGCCAAAUCGACGGACUGGUGCAUGUGAUGAAGAUGCCAUGAUUCUUGGUGAAGGAAGAUCUAAUUUAACUCUAUGUGGGCAGAAUCAUAAACAACAUGUAUACUAUACCCUCUCAAGUGCGGUAGAAACUCGAGAGGAUGGUGAACUUCCAUCCACUAGGUCUACUCCCCUGGCCUUCAGGAUGAGAGGCGGAGAUCACCCAAGGCUGUGGUUGCUACGGAUUGCUCAGAUGCCCCUAGCGUACUCAGCUCCACACAAUUGCUUGCAGUACCUCACGGAAAGCAAUGGUACAAUACGAUCAUUUAAUUUUGCAUCAAACGGUCGUCAUUUAGCAAGUCAAGAGUACAGAUCGUGUAUUCGAAGAAAUACUGGAUUUUGUACGAUUCGAUACUCUCCUUGUGACAGCAGAUCCUUUCGGAUAGGACCAGGAGGCAAUGGACCUGAAGAUUUAAUUGCCGAUCCAGUCCAAAAUGACGAUAUGAUGCCUGUUAAUGACCAAAUCCAGGAGGAAGAAGGGUCUGGAGCUGAACCUCAAAUUGUAGAGCCCCCAACACCUGCUCCUGGCUUAAUGAAUAGGAUAUGGAGUUAUAUCUGGCCUUCUUGGAUAUGGGGGCAGAGUCGAACCUGGCACUGGUCUCCAUACAUCCAGAACUACGGAGACGAGGUUUUCCCGUAUUAUGGCUAUGGCAACUAUGGCAAAGGCCUUAGCGGUUACGGAAGACAGAAAUGCGGGGACCGAGUUACAAUACCUUGUGAAAACGAGUAUUUUGUUUCGAGUUCAGUAUUCAGUCCGGGAGUGUGUGAUCCCCACCACUGUGGGAGCAAUUUCUGUCCCGGGAUGCGUUUUGAGGAUUGCCACGUCGAAUCUUCAAUAUCUCCCUUUGCCGUAUCCAUGCAUUUUGGACCUCCUACCAUUAAAGAGAACCCAGAAGAUAAUAUAGGAGUGUGUCUACGAUAUAAACAAGUUCCAUGCAAUUGA